AUGAGCGACAUCGAGAAACAGUACGACCCGGCUGUGCCUGAUGCUGCGAAAGAGAGCGAUGAGAUUGGCAGGCAGCUAGAGGGCAUCGAUCCCGUUUUGGAAGCGAAAAUCGUGCGCAAGCUGGAUCUUUUCGUCAUUCCGGUGGUUAUGCUGCUGUACUUGCUCAGUUUUCUGGACAGAGUCAACAUCGGUAACGCCCGUCUAUAUGGUCUACAAGAAGAUCUAAAUAUGGGAGAUUCUCAAUUCCAGACAGCCGUCUCCAUUCUGUUCGUCACGUAUAUCCUGUCCGAGGUACCAUCGAAUCUGGUGCUGAAGAAACUUACGCCCUCGCGAUGGAUAGCCUUUAUCACUGUCGCAUGGGGUAUCAUCGCGACCUUGACCGGUAUCGUGCAGAGCUACGGCGGUUUAAUUGCAUGUCGUCUUCUUCUUGGCGCCGUGGAAGGAGGGUUGUUCCCCGGAAUGGCCAUUUACUUGACAUUCUUCUACACCAAGCGCGAACUUGCUCUACGCAUCGGAUACCUCUUCGUCUCUGCUGCCCUAGCUGGAGCCUGCGGCGGACUACUUGCGUACGCUAUUGGACAUAUGGAUGGUACGGCUGGCCUGCGCGGAUGGCGCUGGAUCAUGAUCAUCGAAGGUAUUCCUACCUUCAUCCUGGGUAUCGCGACCUGGUUCAUCCUGCCAGACACCCCGGAAACUGCCUACUUCUUUACCGCUGAAGAGAAGGCUUUCGCAGCCGCUCGCCUCAAGCGUCAGACAGGUUACACCAAGAAAGCAGCGGAGUUCCACUGGGAGGAUGUAAGGAAGUGCGUCAAGGACUGGAAAGUCUGGGUAUUCUGCUUUGCGCAAUUCGGAAGCGAUACCAUGCUUUACGGCUACUCUACCUUCCUGCCGACGAUCAUCAGGUCAAUCAACACUACCGCCAGCAGCGCGAUGGUGCAGGUCCUUACGAUUCCGUGCUAUGCACUGGGUGCCAUUACCUACCUGGUUGUUGCGCGUUUCUCCGAUAAACAGCAGAAGCGUGGAUUUUACAGCAUAUUGCUCGGCGUGGUGAGCAUCGUCGGAUACGCCAUGUUGAUCAGCGAUGCCAGUUCAGGCGUUCAUUACGCUGGCUGCUUCCUUGUCGCAAUGGGCUUGUAUUUAAGCAUCGGUAACUGUGCGGGUAUUAUGAGUGCUUUUAUCUAUCCCACGGCUGAUCGCCCCCGCUUCGUCAAGGGUCAUGGUAUCACUAUGGCUAUGGUGGCUUUUGCUUGUAUAUGCUACGCUGUCAUGUGGUUCCAUCUUGGGCGCAUCAACUCGAGACGUGAGAAGGGUGAGGAAGAGCAUCUGGUUGAAGGGAUGAGCGAUGAGGAUAUUGCAGAGAUGGGCGAUGACAGCCCACGAUUCAGAUACACGAUUUAG